UACCAUCAGUAUUGAUUGUGCAGUCUGGUAACCAAUACAGCCGUAGUUUAUGUACACUGUUAUUACUCAAUGUGAUUUAGUACAAGAAAUAAAACAUCGAAGACUGAUUAAUUGAAUUAAUUGAUUCGCAUUUAAGGUUAUUCGUUCAAGAAUGUCUAAAAUAUUUUAUUCUAGAGAGAGGUCGGUUAUAGCAGAAUCGAAAUUCGUUAUUCAGUGGAGAAAUAAGAAAUACUGUGAUGUGGUUUUGGUAAGAAAUCGACAGUUAAUAGCUUGUCAAAAAAAUAUUUUAGCUGCAAAUAGUGAAUUUUUUGAUCAGCUGUUUUCGAGUAAUCCUGGAAAACUCUUAUAUAUGAUGGAUAGUGAAUUGUCUUCAGCUAAUAUAUUAAAAAUACUUAUUGAAUAUUUAUAUACAUCUAAGAUCGAAUUUACCGAAUCUAAUAUGCGAGGCAUACUAUUGGAUUCGAUAAUGCUAAGGCUUUAUGAAGUCGAAAAAGAAGUUUUGAAAUACAUAAAAACAAAAAUAACAGUUCGUAAUUGUAUAGACUUAUACCAAUUAGCAAACUGUAUGGAAAUAAUAGAUCUGAGGAAUUAUUGUUUAACAUUUUUAAAGUAUAAUAUUAAUUGUUUAGUGGAUACACGGAAAUUUCUAAUUUUGACAGUCAAUCAAGUUUUAGAUAUUAUCAAAAAUAUCCAAGAACAUGUGGAUCACCAAAAAUUAAAUGAAGCAAUAGAGAAGUGGAUAAGCUAUGAUGUGCAGAAUCGAAAAAAUUUUUCAACUGAAAUGUUUGUCAAAAUAAAAUGGGAACAACAAUCACUAUUUCCCAUUGUAGAAACUGACGUUGAAAAUAACGAAUUAUUUGUACCAAAUGUUAAAUGUAAUAACAACCGAGCAAUUAUGUCUAAAAAAAUACUCAAUGAAGGUCAAGCUUUAAAAACUCAAAAUAAAAUAUUAUGUCAAAUUAUAAUUGUAUUUCAAUAUUCCAAGCAUUUUACGGAACACGCGUUGAGAUUUUUGGACAGGAAUGUUAAAAAAUGGAAAACCAUCAACGUUGGAUGUCCGACUACUUCAAAAUGUGUUUUUUUAGAAGAUGGUAGAAUUUUUGAAAUUGGUAAAACGCCUUACGAUAAUAGAAUGGUCAACAUGAUCAACCGAAGUUAUAAAUCGGUGAGCAAAUCCGAAUUUGUUCACAACAAUCCAGUACUACAUCAUGCGAAAAAUAAAAUUUAUAUAUUAGAGACAGCGUCCAAUGUAAAAACUCAAUACAAUGAAAUUUACUAUAUUAAUUCAAACUGUUACAAAAUUAUGGGAAACAUGAACGAAAUUCGAACUGGCUUUAGCGUUGUAUCUUGCAACGGUUUAAUUUAUGUCGUGGGUGGUGUUAAUAAAAAAACAAUAGAAUUUUUCAAUAAGGAAGAAAAUAAAUGGCUCACAAUAGAACAGACGAUGACAAUUGAAAGACAAGAUGCAGCCGUGUGUUCAUUGAACGGAUACAUUUUUAUUUUCGGAGGAAGUGAUACAAAUAAUGAUACUCUAAUGUCCGCAGAAGCAUAUGAUACCAAUUCGAAGACUUGGUGGAAAAUUCCUGAUAUGUUCAAAAGGCGAACAAACGCACUGGCGGUAUCAAAUAAUGGACUUAUAUACGUCAUUGGCGGGAACAACGAAAACUCAUAUGAAGUAUUUGAUCCGAUAUCAAAAAAGUGGAAACUAUCCAGAGUUAAAAUGGACGAAAAAUGGUCGUACACAAAAGGAGUUGUUUUGGACGUCGAGACCAGUUGUAAUUUUAUAGAAAAUAUGAAACAGUAUAUUGUUCAAAACGAAUAAGCUGUAUAAAUACAUGUAAAUAUGCUUUUUAGAUUUUUAAAACAAGACUAAUUUUUUUAAAGUAUUUUAUUAAUUUAUAAGUGUUCCUACUUAAUUUUCUUUUAAUUUAUUAUGAAUUAUACAUGUAUUAGUCUUAUAAACUUUUAUAACUAUCCUUUUUAAUAUAAUUUUUUACAUUAAAAAUAAUUUUGUACAUUUAUUUUAAUCGACGCGUUUUUUGGCUUCGUUUUGGAUUAUUUUUUAUACCAUUAUUAUUUUUAUUGUACUAUUUUAAAGCUGCAAAAAUCAUUUCCACGGUUGGAGCGAACUGUUCACACAGCCGACUAAGCAGUGAGGCAAUUCCUAUGUUGAUGGAAGUGUUAUCAUUUUUGCCUUUUAUUAUUGUUUUGUUUUUUCCAGUAUUAUUGUUUUUGAUUUUUAGUUUUUAUUAUUUUAGUUUUUUUUUUAUCGAAUUACGUCUUAUUAAUACUUGUUAUUGUUAAUACCCGUUAAUACAGGUUUCGAGUUUAUUUGUAUUAUAAAUUGAAUU